UCCCAUUUCCCAACGUCCCACCCGCACACCCCCACCACCUCCAACGUCUCUCUCCGGUCCACCCUGCUGCGCUUCCACGCUGCUCCGCCUCCGCGUGCGCCGUGCGCCUCCCUCCCUCGCUCGCUCUCUGCCUGCCUGCCUGUUGGUCUGCUCCCCUCCGAUGCUGCCGCUGGCGCGGGCCGCCCCGAGCCAUAACCGCCGCAGAUGAGCUCCAGGAACCGCUCCGCCACCGCCGCCGCGGCCGCUCCCGCACCGGCCGCAGCGCCGUCGCUCCGGACGCCGCGGCGCCUUCGACGGCGGCCGGUGAAGGCGUCGGCGAGCGCGCCAGGCGGCGGGCGGCGGAGCGGGCCCUCGACGCCGCUGCUGAAAUGGGACGUGGGCGGCGGCGGUGAGGGGAGGAAGCUGGGUGGCGGCGAGGAAGCGGGGGCUAGCGCGCGGGAGAAGCAGGCGAGGGAGGUGUCUGUGCGGAGGCUCGCGGCCGGGGUGUGGCGGCUGCGCCCGCCCGAGGCGGUGCCCGGGGCCGCGACCGGAGCCGCCGAGAGGAGGGUCCGCGUCGGUGUCGAGCAUAUCCCAAGGCAUCUACAAGUCCAGCUUCUCAAACAGAACACUUUGGGCCAUCACCAGAGUCUGAAGAAUGAGGUUUCAAGCCCCAUUUCUGUUUUGGAGCGGAAGAGUGGAGAGCUCCACAAGGUACAACUUCAUGCUACUUCCACUACCAUGGAGAAAGCAACAAAAUGGGAGCCUGAGGACAUAAAAGGAAUGGAAUCACAUGAUGCCUAUCUGAUAGCCAGCCAGCUAAAUCUUCUUGAUGAGCAGCAAGACACAACUUAUGUUGCUAACCUCCAGAUGGAGCUCCAGCAAGCACGUGAUAGGGUAAGUGAGCUGGAAACUGAGCGGCGGUCAGCUAAGAAGAAGCUUGAUCACUUGUUCAAGAAACUCGCAGAGGAGAAAGCAGCUUGGAGGAAUAGAGAGCAUGAGAAGGUCCGUGCUAUACUUGAAGACAUGAAGGCAGACCUUGACCACGAGAAGAAAAACCGGAGGCGGCUGGAGAUGAUAAACUUGAAGCUCGUCAAUGAGUUGAAGGAGGCCAAGAUGUCAGCGAAGCAGCUGUUACAAGAGUAUGAAACAGAAAUAAAGGCGCGUGAGCUCACUGAGGAGGUGUGCAACGAGCUGGCAAGAGAGGUGGAGGAAGACAAAGCUGAGAUUGAGGCCUUGAAACAGGACUCCCUAAAGCUGCGAGAGGAGGUAGAUGAGGAGCGGAAGAUGCUGCAGAUGGCUGAGGUGUGGCGUGAAGAACGGGUGCAGAUGAAGCUUGUUGAUGCAAAACUUACUCUUGAUGCCAAAUAUGCACAGCUGAGCAAACUGCAACAGGAUGUUGAGGCUUUUAUUGCCUCAUGCAGCUGUGCUAAUGGAGACAUCACGGUAGUAGAAGAAGCAGAGAACAUAAUACAGGCAAUCAAGUCAGUCAGAUCCCAAGAUGCUGAAUUCAGAUAUGAGCCACCAGCAGCUUCAGAAGACAUAUUUUCCAUUUUUGAAGAGUUGCGUCCAAGUGAGGAGCCUGUCAUCAAGGAGAUUGAGCCAUGCUACAAGAACAACUCUGCCAAAUGUGAAUCAGAAAUUCAAGAGGCUAGCCCAAUGACAGAUAUAUUCCUUGAAAGGAAAGCCAAGGUGUACUCAAAUAAAAGUCCGCAAGAUGAAAGCGACACUGAAGAUGGCAGCAGCUGGGAGACAAUAAGCCAUGAAGAUAUGCAGGGUUCAAGUGGUUCCCCUGAUGGAAGCGAAUCAUCAGUCAACAACAAGAUCUGUGAUGGAAGCAUUUCUUGGAAAAGUGGAAAUGAUUUUGAGUACAGGGGGAAUGAGAAGCUGAAGGAUGAUUUGACUGGUGCAUACCCGACAAACAUGAACCAACCCAAGAAGAAAGAAUCAGCCAUAUCAAAGCUCUGGAAGUCAUCCCGCCCAAAGAACAGUGAGAUAUGCAAGAAAGAUGCUGUCGAAACGGUAAAUGCGAGAUCAUCAAAUGUACGGCUGUCAGUCGGGACUUACUCCACCGUUGAAAGUGGCAUUCAGGAAAUAGGACUCAGUCCACCGAGCGUUGGGCAAUGGAGCUCCCCCGACUCGAUGAACAUUCAAUUCAACCGUGGCUUCAAGGGCUGUAUAGAGUACCCGCGGACGUCCCAGAAGCACAGCUUGAAGGCAAAGCUCAUGGAGGCACGGAUGGAGAGCCAGAAGGUCCAGCUCCGGCAGGUGCUCAAGCAGAAGAUCUAGAGUUGACAGAACCAGAAGGUGGAACAUUGUAAACCUAGAAUUUAAUCCAAGGAAUAAUGUCAAGAGUACUUAGAUGCUUCCUUUUCCGUGUUUUAGAGUAACCUGUAAUGCAUGUACAACAAGGACUAGAAAAAGGGGACAAGGCCGGCCUUUGUGGGCCGGUUUUGGAGCCUUGCUGCUUCUGUAUCUUACUUUAGCUUUGAGGUAAUGGUUCCAUUUUAUAGGCUAUGGUGAGAUCCAUCAUGAUGUAUAAUACAGACAUAUACAAGCAGCAAUGUUCAGACAAAUUACACCCCCGGA